UGGCCUGCACUCACGAGAAUCUUGAUUGGCUCACGAGCUCUUCGGUGAAGCGAAACGGUCGCGCUGGUGCCACGGAGCGACUCCUGCGAAAGAAGUUUACAGGCUCGUUUCUUUCCGCCAGGCCAAGGGCGGCCUGGGCUUGUUCCUGAAGGAGCUUCAGAUAAACCGAGAAGCCCGAGGGAAGGGGAUAACAUCGCAAGAAACUCGCCACUCCGCCAUUUCAGUCACGCUUCAGUUUUCUUUAGUCGUUUAUUCCGUACAUCUCCCCCUCGGUUUCCUCACGUUCUUUCUGUUGCCGAGUUCGUCGGAUAUUUUCAUUUGCCAUGGCGACGGAGUCGAAGCAGCAGGCCAAGGAGGCUACGGCCGUCCAGCCCGAGUCUCUGUGGGAGACGAUCCGCGGCGUCGUCUUCGUCCUCGGGGUUGCCGUCGCGUUCACGCUCUCGUUCACCGUGCUCGCGUCGUACGAGUCAGCUAUCGCCAGGGUGUCGUACAAGGGCCACCGUGUCAGUUUCCCCGCCGCUGCGACCGCCCCGCUUCGCGAAGAGGAGGUGGAGAAGGCGAGACCGAUGAUGAUGGCGGCUUAGAGCCGUCCGAUUCAGAAGAUGUGUGGAUCUGAGGCUUGUCCAGCCGUCGCCACACCCGCUGGUCUGCUGCUAGGGCUUUACCCACUUUCUGCCACGAUUCACUGUAAAUACAUACGACUGGCAGAUGGGAUGGGAGCCCACGGGCAACAUGUGCACUAAGAGUGGACUCCGACGGCCUUGUGCCGGACAUCCGAAUAAAUCUCCUCCUGAUCUGAAACCUCUCUGAGACAGUUGGUGCAAAUUUGAGUGAAAUCCGUGUGCUCUCAACAGUUUCAAAAACCCGUCUGCUUGGUUCCACCUCUUGUCAAAGCUGCUUGUCUAGGAACCAAGCAGCCACCACGUCCCUUAGCCUCACACCAUUGGCAUCAGGAACCGACCAAUCAUUGUAAGCCAUGGUGCAAUGGCUUGUUUUGUUAGGAACUACCCCUCUGAACUGCACCCCUGC